AUGGUGAAUAAGAUGAAUAGGCAAUUACAUCACAAAAAACUGCGCCAAAAGACAUACCGCGGAAAGCAGAGAGAUCUGAAUCUCGUCCUGGCAGCCCGAGCUCCCGCGGGUCCUAUCCUGCCCGCCGAGCUCGCACAACCCCAGGCGGGGCAGCGCCGCAGCCCCUCGCCGUCCUUUCUUCAGAGAUGGCCUCUCGUCGUCAAGGAAAUCGUCUACGCUCCUGCGCCUCCUUCCGUAGCCGUAGCCGUGCCCGUAGCCCCCGCCAUAGUAGCCUCCGCCGCCGUGCCCGUAGCCGCCGCCGCCGCCGCACAGCCGCAGUGCCCGCCGCAGCCGCCGCAGCCGCAGCUGUAG